UGGCAUUUUGGGACGAAGGGAAAACCUAUAUGCAUUACGGCUGCUACUGUCGGAACUCGAUAUGCAAUAUGGUUUAUGGUUGAUUGGUUGGUUGCUGUGUGUUUUGUUUGAAUUUCGCCCAAGACGUUAUAGACAGCUUUGGCGCAUUUAAAUGAAUCGAUGAAUCGAUGCGACGGCGAUGGCUGUGGCUGAGGCGGUGGCGGCUGUUGUUGUUUAUCAAAUUGAAUAUCUGGUUCCGAGGCAAUAUAUGAAUAUAAUUUCGACUCAACGGCGAGUAUUCAAAUCAGAGUGUUAGGUCGGGUCGACGAUGGGUUGGAUUGCGGGGGGAACGGUAGCUCCGAUCUCCGAUCACCGAGCGCUCCGUAGUUGUUGUUCUUUUGGUUUGGGUUGGUGGUCGGCCCUCUCGGCCGAAGUCAGGCGCGUGCUGUGAGUAUUGGGUCCAUACGGCGCUAUACGAGUAUAUGUGCCAUAUACCCCCAAUGUCUAUAUAUAUACUACAUGCCUAUAUAGCGGCGACCGACCAAACGAAACGCCAGCCAACCAGCCAGCCAGCCAGCCAGAGGCGAUAAAAGCCCCAAGAGAUCACCGAAGUAGAUCAGUUUAGUUCAGAAUUCGCAAACGACCCAAAGGAAACCCCUUAGCUCCACCGACUUUCAACUUUCCACACACCCCAGCAGACAGCACCGCCCAAGGGAGCACAACCACAGUAGCCGCCCUUCCGACAGUCGACCCGCAGAGCGCCCGCAGAGACCGCAUUUCUAAUGCUCGUCUGGAACGAUAAACAGGAUACAAACUUUACAUUCAUUUGAGGCCCCUGGCACCCUGCAACAGACGCCCCAGAACGCUGCAAGGAAUUCGAUUACCGUCCCGCAAAAAAAUACCUGGACAUUUUUUUUUUUCUUUUGAUUCGACUUUUUGUUGGUUUUUUGUUGAGUGUAUCAGUGAAGCGCCUGCCUGGUGAUAAUGCCCAGCAGUGUUGCCAACGAGGGCUACCAAUUUCAGAGGGCCAAUAGCCGCAAUCAGCAGAGCAGCAGCUGCCCGAGUAGGAGUGCCAGCGGCUCGCCAGCGGCAGUCACGCCCCCCAGCUGCGACGAUGUCGUGGACGAGGCCCUGGCCGAGCUUCAGCUGCAAUCGCAGCAGCAGAAGCAGAUGAUCCAUUCAGCCAAGGGCCGCUCCGGCUGGCAGAUCAAGUCCUCCAAGCUGGCCUUCAACACACACAAUCGCAUUCGGAACAUUGUGGAGUCGCUGAAGAUCAAGCCGAAUCCGGAGAAGCCCAUGAUACCAUUGUCUAUUGGUGAUCCCACAACAUUUGGCAACCUAAAGGCCGCUGAUGAGACGAUGAAAGCGGUGCUGCAUUCCCUGGAGAGUGGAAAAUUCAAUGGAUAUGCCCACACCCAGGGCCAUGAGGCGUCGCGCCAGGCGGUGGCCCAGUACAGUGCCCAUCAGCGGCCAGAGGGUGCCAUCGAGACGAGCGAUGUGGUGCUCUGCAGUGGCUGCUCCUCGGCUUUGGAGUACUGCAUCCUGGCGCUGGCCGAUCGCGGCCAAAAUGUGCUGAUACCACGGCCGGGCUUCUGUUUGUAUCACACUCUGGCCGAGGGCCUGGACAUCGAGGUGCGUUAUUAUGAUCUGCUACCCGAUCAACAGUGGCGCGCCGAUCUCGUCCAGCUGGAGAGCCUGAUCGAUGAAAAUACGGCUGCCCUGCUGAUCAAUAACCCCAGCAAUCCCUGUGGCAGUGUCUUCGAUGAGAAGCAUCUACGACAGCUGAUAGACAUCUGUGAGCGCCACUAUCUGCCCAUUAUAGCCGACGAGAUCUACGAGCACUUUGUGUUCCCUGGCUCCAAGCAUUUGGCCGUGAGCAGUCUCACUCGAGAGGUGCCUGUCUUGUCGUGCGGCGGCCUCACCAAACGCUUCCUGGUGCCGGGCUGGCGCAUGGGCUGGAUAAUUGUCCACGAUCGCAAGCAGCGGCUGGGCAAUGCAGUCAUCGGCCUGAAGAACAUGUGUGGCCGCAUCCUCGGCUCGAACACCAUCAUCCAGGGCGCCCUGCCCGAGAUACUGGCCAAGACACCGCAGUCCUACUUCGAUGGAGUGAUCCAAGUGCUCUACUCGAAUGCCAGUUUGGCCUACAAAAUGCUCAAACAAGUGCGCGGCCUCAAUCCCGUGAUGCCGAAUGGGGCUAUGUACAUGAUGAUUGGCGUGAGCAUCGAGCGCUUUCCGGCCUUCAAGGACGACACACACUUCGUGCAGGAGCUGGUGAACGAGCAGAGCGUGUUCUGUCUGCCUGGCAGCUGUUUCGAGUAUCCCGGCUAUGUGCGGAUUGUACUCACAGUGCCGCUGGCAAUGAUCGAGGAGGCCUGUGUCCGCAUAGCCGAGUUCUGCGAGCGUCACUACAAGAAGGAGGACUCAUCGCGGUCUUUCAUCGAGCAUGGCCUGCUCGACGAGGAGGAGCUCGGCUUCUGAUCUGGGAGCAAAACACUUUUAUUAGAUGAUCUAGACUACAUAAGUGUAUAUACUAUAUAUAUAU